AUGCUUGUAAUCAGCUACAACGCCGCCAGCCUCGGAAUCACUCUUAACACUCCGAUGGAUGGGGAUAGAGAUUUCCCGUGGCCCUUGCGGCUUGCUGAGGAUGGUGGCCAUGCAGCAGAAUCUGAAUUAGCUCAAAAUGACCCCGCGAAAUUCUGGCAUGAAGUUCGAGACCUGCUGCGGACAGUGAUUGGGAAUGAGACUGUCGAUUACCUUCUUCUCCUUGGCUCCCAUGCUCGCGACCCUGGCUUGUUCCUGGCCGUCAAGGAUGUCUUGGAGGAUCAAGCGGACAUCAAUCUAUUUAUCCUAGACCGCUAUAAUCCAGCUAUCCCCCACGACAGUCAAGAUGAAGAUGAGCCACUGUUCACUGUAGCAAGAGCAGCGAGCAGGAUUGCCAGAUUUGGCAUGGAGACUGGUUUCCAUGCCUGCAUUGAGCCGCCUUCAUGUAUUGCAUCGGACCAGGAAGAGGACGCGCAUUCUGAGUUGUAA